CAAGAGCUGAAUUCCAAUGUUUACAAAUUUGUGAAAUCGGGGUAAAGUAUUGGUUGCUCGAAGCGCAUAACCUCGAAUAUAUAUUUCGCAUAUUUCGUGAAAACUCAUAGUGAAUGAUGGAAAGCAGAGAAAAUUCAUUUAAGUAUAGUAUUUUUUUACAUGCCUUUAUAUUUUAUCAAGCGAUAGCUUUAUCAAAUUUGAUUAUUGUUCAGAAUGAAAGAAGAACCGAAUGAUGCUUGGCAGAAUGCAGGUGAUGAUUACAAUUUCAAUUUGAUGGACUCUUGCGAAGUCAAAAAUGUCGAAACAUUCCCGUUUUAUAAAUCACCAACCAAACAUAUGAAUGAGGUUAUGGUGGUACAAGAAAAGGCAGAUGAAAAAAUAUUUAUAGAUUUUGAGUGUAAAGAUCUUAAACCUGAACUCAAGUGUUUAUCGACGAAUAUCUGCAAAACUGAACAUCAUAUUUGCUUACCAAUUGUAAAAAUGGAAAACCAAAUUCAGGAUAAUUACAUUAAUGAGAUUGUACACAUAGAUUUCGAGUGCAAAGAUGUUAAACCUUUAUGGAAAACCAUCUGCAAAUCUGAGGAUCAAAGUAGCUCACCUAUUGUAAAAUUAGAAAAUCAAAUUCAGACUAAUUACUUGGAAGAAAAAAGCUUACAGAUUUUGAGGAAAAAAAAAGGUGAAGGAGGGUUUAGAUUAUUAUGAUAAUGAUCAGUUUCAAGUAAAUCUUUGGUCAAAAAUUAAUGAAUAUAAGGUGGUUAACAUAAUUAGAAAAAAUACACAUCAGAGACAAUAUGAAAAUGAAAUUAACCAUAAAUCAUUAGCUUACAAACGGGACCACAAAACUCACAUAAACGUCAUGCAUGAUCAUAGCAAGCUCUUCGAGUGUGACGUUUGUCACAAAUCAUUUAGUUGCAAAGAUACCUUCAAAUCUCACAUCACUGAUAUAGUACAUCGGAGCAAACCCUUUGAGAGGGAUAUUUGUCACCAAUCAUUUGGACAAAAACAACUGCACCAAAAUCACAUAAUGGCAGUAGAUCAUCGUAUCAAACCCUUUGAAUGUCACAUUUGUCACAAGUCAUUUGGGUACCGGAGUCAUCUUAAAGUUCAUGUUAAAGUAGUACAUAAUCGCAGCAAACCUUUUGAAUGUGACAUAUGUCACAAAUCAUUUGGACAAAAAGGAUAUCUUAAAACUCACUUAGUGACGGUACAUGAUCGAAGAAAACCCUUUGAAUGUGAGAUUUGUCACAAAUCAUUUGGACAAAAUAAUCUCAAAAGACACUUGAAUACAGUGCAUAAUCGUAGUAAACCCUUUGAAUGUGAUAUUUGUCAAAAAUCGUUUGGAGAAAAGAGCUCCCUCAAUAAACACAUAAAUGUAGUACAUAAUUGUAGCAAACCCUUUGAGUGUGAUAUUUGUCACAGAUCAUUUGGACAAACAGCACAUCUCAAAUCUCACACGAGGACAGUACAUAACAGGAGCAAACCCUUCAAAUGUGGGACUUGCCAGAAAUCAUACGGCAGAAAGAGUGACCUCAACAGGCAUAUAAAUUCAGUACAUAAUAGUAUCAAGCACUUUGAAUGUGAUAUUUGUCAAAAAUCGUUUGGAGAAAAGGGUAACUUCAAUAGACACAUAAGAACAGUACAUAAACAGAGCAAACCCUUUGAGUGUGAUAUUUGUCACAGAUCAUUUGGACAAACAGCACAUCUCAAAUCUCACAUGAGUACAGUACAUAACAGGAGCAAACCCUUCAAAUGUGGGACUUGCCAGAAAUCAUACGGCAGAAAGAGUGACCUCAACAGGCAUAUAAAUUCAGUACAUAAUAGUAUCAAGCACUUUGAAUGUGGCAUUUGUCACAAGUUUUAUGGUCGCAAGGGUACUCUCAAUGCUCAUAUAAGAAGAGUUCAUAAACGGAGCAAACUUUUUUAAUGUAAUAUUUGCCAAAAAUCAAGUGGAUUAAAACAACAACUCAAAAUUCAUAUAAAUGCAGUACAUGGUCGUAUCAAACCUUUCAAAUGUGACAUUUGCCGGAAAUCAUUUGGAUAUCAAAGUUAUCUCAAAUCUCACAUAAAAGUAGUGCAUGAUCGGAGCAAGCCCAUCGAAUGAAAUAUUAGUCACAAGUAUAGCCGCGAGAAUAAUGACAGUACACAAUUUUCGCAAACCUUAGAAGUGAGAGUUUUGU